CACAUAUGCCUCCUUUCGUGGGGUUUUUGACAAGAGUCAGUUUCUCCUCGACGAGGAGGAUGAUCCGAACUGUUCUGUAUGCAGCAAAGGAAUUGAUGUGCAGGAAGGGUUGUUUGUGGUCUGCCCCACUGAUGAUUGUCAAAGCAUAUCACACGUGACAUGCUUAGCAGAUGCUUUCCUAGGUCAACAACAGUCAGCUUCACUUGUACCAAAGUCAGGGCAUUGUGCUUCGUGCGGGCACGAUCAUUCAUGGUCAGACCUUAUGCAGCAGGUGACUUUGAGGACUCGGGGUAUGAAGGAAGUCAAGAAGAUAAUGGCACAAAAAAGUAGAAAAACAGCGACAAGUGCCAGUGAGAUGUUAGAAGAGCAAAGCGAGGAAGAAUCCGAAACUGAAGCGGAUGGACUUACCUCUGGGGAGGUUAUUGAUGAAGAAUUCUUGGAAGAGCACGAGGAUGACGAUAACAUGUCUGUUGCGUCCACAGAAUCCCUGAUGAGCACCACGGCUACGCGUAUAGCUCAAGACAAGAUUGCGGUAGACGAGCCUCGAUUGGAGGUAGUUAUCGAGGACAGCGAAGAGGAGAUAUGAUGCAAAUAUCGUCCCUUUAGGCUGC